GUCCCGCUGCUGAACGACAGAGAUCUAGGCUUACAUUUCAUACUUGUGUAGAAUAAAAAGAAAAAGAAAGUUAAAAUGGACGAUCAGGGCUGCCCGAGAUGUAAAACCACUAAAUACAGAAACCCGUCUUUAAAGCUGAUGGUGAAUGUGUGCGGACACACACUUUGUGAGAAUUGUGUGGAGAUGUUGUUUGUGAGAGGUUCAGGUAACUGUGUUCAGUGUGACACUCCACUCAGGAAGAGUAACUUCCGCCUGCAGCUUUUUGAAGACCCUGCUGUGGAUAAAGAGGUGGAGAUCCGCAAGAAAGUGCUUAAAAUAUAUAAUAAGCGUGAUGUGGACUUCCACAGCCUGGGAGAGUAUAAUGACUAUCUGGAGCAGGUGGAGGAAAUUGUGUUUAACCUGACGAAUAACGUGGACAUAGAGAACACCAAGCAGAUGAUGGAGCAGUACCAGAGAGACAACAGAGACAUCAUCCAGAGAAACAAGGCCAAACUGACGAGGGAGCAGGAGGAACUGGAGGAGCUCCUGUUAAUGGAGCAGCAGGACCUGGAGAUUAAGAGACUGGAGAACCUGCAGGAGGAACAGAGACACUUACACAACAAGAGGAAAAGCAAACAGGCCCUGCUUGAUGAGCUGGAGAGCUCCCAUUUGCCUGCUUCCCUCCUCUUAGCACAACAUAAAGAGCGAGCAGCUCAGUUGGGGAGUCAGAUCGAGAAACAGAAACAAACUGUCAAACCUGCCACCAUCUUCUCUACAGGCAUACUGAUGGGUCAGACGGUGUCUCUAGCUCCGGUUGCUCGGAUGGAGGAGGCUUUGUAUCAGUAUCACCCUCUCCAAAUUGAGACCUAUGGCCCUGCGGUGCCUGAACUGGAGCAGCUGUCCAGACUGGGUUAUCUAAACCAUGUAAGAGCGACGACUCUGCAAGAUUUAGCAGGAGGCUAUACAUCAGGUCUGGCAUGUCACCGAGCGGUGCAGGACGCCUUCAGUGGUCUCUUCGCCUGCACGUAACCGCGUGUGUGUGUGUGUGUGUGUGUGUUUAUCUCUCACACUGCAUUUGUGUCAGCGUUAACGCCGGACGGGGAAAGUGUAGUGUGUUAGUUUUCAACAUGUACAGGUAUUUUUCUAAAUGUUUUUGUCAGUGUAUUUGGUUUAAAUAAUAAACUUCCUAUUAUUGGUUA